AUGCAGCUGCUGCUGCAGCAACAGGGAGAUAGGCAACUGCUGCAGCAGCUACUGCUAGACCUCGAUAGCUGCAGCAGUCUGCUGCUGCAGCGUCAUGCGGUGCUUGAAGGUCGCCUACCUGCUGCUAUUGCUGCAGCGGUGCAGCAGCAGCAGCAGCAGCAGCAGCACAACGUUGCAGUAUUCGGCAGCAGCAAGAACAGCAGCAAACUCAACAGCAGCAGCAGCAGCAGAAGUUUAUCUCUGUUAGCCCCUUGGCUGCAGAAUAUCUGCGAGGAGGAUGCUGCUGCUGCUUGCUGCCCCCUUGAAGCAGCAGCAGCAGCAGAUCUACCAGCAGCAGCAGACACUCGUGCUGCUUGUCUUCUUGCAUCUACAACUCUUGCUGUUCGUCUCCGUUGGAGGGCAAGAGCCUUAGCCUUCAAGGCCCUUGGCAGCAGCAGCAGCAGCAGCAAGGGAGUAGAGGUGCAUGCAGAGGCACUUGCUGCUCUUGCUGCAAUAGGAGACACUGCAGCAGGAGCUGCUAUUGUUGCAGAGACACUUGUCUACUGCCGGCUACAAGGGCGCGUGGUGUUUUUGCUGGCGUCUCUUCUAGCUUGUGGUUCUGCUGCAGCAGCAGAUGCUGCUGCUGGCUGCAGCAUUGGUGGUUCAAUAGAGGUGCCUGUUGUCUCUUCUUCUCUGCAAGGAGACACGGGAGGCAGCAGCACAGCAGCAGCAGCAGAACCUGCAGCAGCAGGAGCAACAACACCUGCAGCAUCUGCUGCUGCAGCAGCAGCUGCUGCUGCUAAUUCUGCUGCGGAGACACUUUUGGUUAAAACACCCAACUGGACAACAGCAGAACAAGAGACAUCUUUUGCUGCUCUGCUGCAGGCUAACCAUUUGAUGGCACGCAGAGUGUUGCUGCUGCACAGCGCGCUGCAGCAGAUAUUCGCUAGCAGCAGCAAGGGCACCAAUCCGCAGCAGCAGCAGCAGCGGGAGGUGGUGCUGCCGUCUGCUGCACAUGUAGCUGCGCAUCUUGCUGCUGCAGCAAAUUAUAUGCCGCAGCAGCAGCUGCUGCCUCAACCAAGUGUCUCCUCUCUCCUAGCAGCAAUUCGUAUUAGCAGCACUCCUUGCGGAUUAAAAGGAGACAGGAGACCUGCGGAGACACCUGACGGAUCUGUCCCUCCACAGGAUGCAGCAGCAGCAGCAGCAGCAGAUGCAGAUGCUGCAGCAGACAGCAGCAGCAGAGGCGCAACACUUCUAUCAGGAGCAGCAGAUUCCUUAGGUAUACAAUUACCAGAAAUUGAUUGGGGAGACACCUCCUCUACGAAGCAGCAAAACAGCAGCAGCAGCAGCAACAGCAGCAGCAGCAGCAGCACAAACUGCACCAAGAGCAACAGCAGCAGCAGCAGCAGCAACAGCAGCACGGAGAUAGCAGAUCUAUCCUGUAUGCCAGGGAGUUCCUUCCGUCUCCCUCCUUCAUCAGAGGAGACAACUGCAGCAAAACUUGCUGCUCGUUUGCUGCUGCUGCUGGUGCGUCGUUGCCCUCAGCUGCUGCUAGCAGGGGAGUAUAUUGAGGAUGAGGAGCAGCAGCAAGACACAACAACAGCAGCAGCAACAGCAGCAACAGCAGCAGCAGCAGCAGCAGUUGAGGAUGAAGGAGAACAAUCAUUUGAAGAUACACAAGACAGCGAUGGUUUGCUGCCAUGGGAGCGCCGCUUAGUUGCGCACACAGCAGCAGCAGCAGCAGCAACAGCAACAGCAACAGAUUUAGACUUUUACAGCAGCAGCAGCAGCAGCAGCAGCAGCAGCAGUGUGCCAGUAAUUGCUGGUGUAGGUGCCUCCGUCUGUGUGUCUCCUGAGGGUCUUAGCGCUAUUCUCUCUGCCCUUUGCCGCUGCAUUGCAUGCAUAGCUCCUCCUUUUGAGUGGUUAAGCGAAGCAGCAGCAGCUGCUGCAGCAGCAGCAGCAGCAGAAGCAGAAGGAGCAUCAGGUGCAGCAGGAGUAGCAGCAACUGCAGCAGAUAUUGGUGGGGUGUCUCCCCAACUUGCAAAGCUGCUGUCUCUAUGGGGAGAAGCACGUAAUGUUAGUCUGCAUGCAAUGGAGACACUGCUGCAGCUGCUGUUUGCUGCUCUUGCUGCUGUUGCUGUGUCUCCUCUUGAGGAUAUACAAGCAGCAGCAGAAUCUCUUAAUAGGAGACAGGGUCUCCUUUAUGUAGGGUUAAGGAGGACACAACUGCAGCAAAUCUUGCUGCUUGCUGCUGCUGCUCUACUCACUGCAGGACAGUGGAUCGGUAACACCAGCAGCAGCAGCAGCAACAGCAGCAGCAGCAAGUACCAGCAGCAAGAAGCGCUUCAGUGGCUACAGAGCCACGAGGGAUUUAGGCAGGAGGAAGAUGAGGAUUCCCUACCGGAGGAGCCAAUGCCUUUAUAUUUGUUGUGCCGUCUGCGGCUGUCUGCUGCUGCUGCAGCAGCAGCAGCAGCAGCAGGAGGCGACGGUCUCCUCGGCCCUGCAGCAGGUCAUUUGUCUAUGGGCCCAACGGAGACAGUUGUAGGAGACGCAGCCGCAGAUGAUGCAGGAGACGAUGCAGCAGCAGCAGCAGCAGAUGUAUUGAGUGUUUGGAGACAGGUACGCAGCGCCUUAGCAGCAAGGCUGCUGCAGCAGCUUGCAGCAGCAGAGACUGGAGCAGGAGGAGACACCUCACCUGCUGCAGUUGCCCCUGCAUCAGGAUCAGGAGGAGCAGCAGGAGCAGCAGGAGGAGCAGCAGGAGCAGCAGCAUCAACAGCAACUGGCAGCAGCAACACGGAGAACCUGUCCCCUCUCCUAGCGUUACGUAUGCACCAACUGUCCUCUGAGGUCGUAAGACUAGAGGAGUUAGGGGAGUUGCUGUCUUGGGUAGCUCGUGCUGCUCUUUCUUUGUCUCCUCCAUUAAGAGCAGCAGCAGCAGCAGCAGCAGUGUCUCUUGCUGCUGAGGGAUUACCUGUUUAUUCCCUUAUAUAUGAUUGUCUUGAUGCACUUCUUGCUGCUGCGCUGCGCUCACUGCAGCAGCAGCCAGACACCCCACGUUCGCAUGCAGAUUCUGCAGCAGCAACUGGAGGGGAGCCUGCAGCAGAAACAGCAGAAACAGCCGCAGCAGACGCACCAGCAGCAACAGCAGAGGGGGCUGCUGCAGACAGUAGCAUGCAGCAAAAUGCUGCUGACGGAGAUGCUGCUGCAGCAGCGCUAAACAGCGCUGAUGCUGGAAAUGCUGCAGCAGCAACUGGUUCUGCUCCUACUGCAGCAGCAUCGGGUGCAGCAACAGCAGCAGCAACUGCUGCUGCUGCAGCGCAGGAGCUUCCCACGUACCCCGAUCGACCAGCUUACUCCCGGGCAGCAAGAUCUCUGUUUGCUUUGCACGGCAGCCGUUUGCUGCGUUUGCUGCAGUUUGUUGAGCGUUUGCUGCAGCAGCAUUUAUCUGCUGCUGCUGCAGUGUAUAGGCAGCUAGAGCGUGUCCUUGCCCUUCCUUGUCGUCGUCUCCUUGAGGUAUCUCUUGAGCUGCUGGAGGAUGAGCGUCUUGCUGCUCUUGCUGCUGGUCCUCCUGCUGCUGAUGCUGCAGCAGCAAUAGACGGAGCAGCUGCAGCAGAGGAUGCACAGCAGCAGCAGCAAAUCGCUAAACAGCUGCUGCUGGUGGCUCUCCGUCUAGCAACACAAAUAGCACAAGGAUACCAAUCCUUAGCUGAUGCUGCAGUGCAGCAGCGGGAAGCUAGCAGCAGCAGCAGCAGCAAUGAGGGUAGUGGGGCUCCUAGCAGCUCCUUUGGCGGGCAAGAUAGCAGCGGCCACAGCAGCAGCAGCAGCAGCAGCAGCAGCAAGAUGAAGAAAGGACUUGGCUUCCCUCGUUAUAUACCUAUAUUAAGGAGACUAUUUGCGGCUGUCUCUGCCUUAGGCAAUAGAGAAGACACACCAGUAGAUAUUGCAUUGAAUUGUGUUGCUGCUGCUGCUUGCUGCUGCAGCAGCAGCAAACCCUUCCUUUGCAUGCUCCUGUCUUACUCCCUACCGCAGCACUCUGUCUCUGCCCUAUUUGCUGCUCUUAAGGGCAAUGAGACGGAAGCUGCUGUUGCUCUUGUUGCUUCUCCUGCUGCUGUCUGCUGCUUCGCUCCCCUUGCUUCACGCUGCGCUGCAGAACUCACCUCAGCAGCACAGAGACAGUCUCCAGCUGAGGGCAUGGGCUGGCUAGCAGUGGCGCGGCAGCUGCUGCAGCUGGCUAGACACCUGGCAGCAGCAGAUCCGUACCCGUUGCAUGCGCUAUUCGCGCUGCUGCUGCAGCAGAAAGUCCCUAUACCGUGGAAGGUCAAGGAGCCGCAGCAGCAGCAGCAGCGAAUGCAUGCAGCUCGCCGCGCUGCAGCACCAUGGCCAGAGGCGGAAGCAGCAGACGAAGCCGCAGAAUUGUAUGCUGACCUGCAGGACCCCUUGGAGAGCAACAGCAACAGCAGCAGCAGCAAAAAUGCUGGUUCUCUUUUCCCAUCAGAAGCAGCAGACCCAGAAGCAGCAGCAGCAGCAGCAGCAGGGGAGACAGUAUGUGAGGUGGAGGAGGACCCAAGGAAGCUGCUGCUGCGUGAGCUGCGGCGGUGUCUCCUUGCAUUCCUUUCACAGAGCGAGUUGCUGCUGUCAGCGCAGCAGCGGUUGCAGCAGCAACAGCCACACCAGCAGCAGCAGCAACAACAGCAGCAGAUUGCUGCGCUGCAGCAGCAAACACGAUUGGCCCUCCUUACCUACAGAGACACUUGCCGCUUAGAGCAGCAGCUACUCGCGAUGCCCGUCGAAUCAGCUCCCCUUCUGCUGCCAACCGCCGCAUUUUUGCCUGAAGGUCGUUUAUCUGCUGUUGCUGCAGCAGCGCAGCAGCAGCGGGUUCGUGCUGCAGCGCAGCACUUUGAUGUCCCCUUCUUAGUGUGUCUACGCAGCAGCAAUUAUAGUGUCUCCUCUCUUGUCUCUCGUUGUCCCCACACUCCUGGGGAUCGUCUCCCCUGGAUCGACGAUCCCGCAUUGGAGACGAUCCUCAAGAUUGCUGCACAUACCAUACAUGCUGAGACAGCAGCAGAAGGCCUAAAGUGUCUCCCCUUAGAUUUUAUUUGUGGGGUACCUGCGGAGACACCUGAGGAGACAAUAUUACCUACAUGGUUGUCUGAUCCUUUCUUAUAUCUAAAAGCAGCGAAAGGAGACGUUCCUGCUCCUGUGGAGGCUGUGGGGCCCCUUCGUGGUGUCUCCUCUUAUGGUGGUGGUGGGUGCGGCAGAGUCUCCUACUCAUCAGGGGGGGGCCUCCUUGGGAGUCGGUCUGCUGCUGCCGAUCCCUUCCGCAGCAGAGCGAAGGGCAGCAGCAGAGCGCCAAGUAAGCAUGUUGAUGCAUUUGAGGCUUCUGUACCUGGAGGGCUUACUAGGCUUAAUAGGGAGCAGCAGCAACAGCAGCAACAGCAGCAACAGCAACAGCAGAGUGGUGGAGAAUCACAGAAAUUAUCGCCACAGUCGCAGCAACAGCAACAGCAACAGCAGCUGCAACAGCAACAACAGCUGCAGCAGCAGCAGCAACUGCAGCAGCAGCAACAGCAGCAGCAGCAACAACAGCAACAACAACAGCAACAACAACAGCAGCAGCAACAACAGCAACAACCCACGGUGGCAAGCGUGUUGCAGCAGCAAGACGGCCAAGCGCUGCAAACUCCACCACCACCACCACCUCCACCACCGAAGCAACAGCAGCAGCAGCAAUCGCAGCAGCAAUCGCAGCAGCAAUCGCAGCAGCAGUCGCAGCAACAAUCGCAGCAGCCAUCACAGCAGCAGUCUCCUACGCCUCCACACGAGGAGACAGCUGCCCUUGGUCGCGACACCGAGCAGCAGCAGCAAUCGCAGCAGCAGUCGCAGCAGCAAUCACAGCAGCAGCAACAGCAGCAGCAGCAAUCGCAGCAGCACACGAAGUCUCACCCUCAGGUGCUGCACCCACAGCAGCACAUGCAGCAGCAGCAACAACAGCAUAUGCUGCAGCAGCAGCAAGCUGCCCGUUUGCUGCACCAACCCCCCGCAGGUUAUGUACAUGUCCCUAUGCCAGCUGCUAUCUUAGGGCCUCAGGGGUUGCUGCUGCAUCCUGUGCCAGUAGUCCCUGCUCAUCCCUUCUUGCUGCAGCCGCAGCAGCAAGCGCUGCGCAUGCAGCAGCAUGCUGCGCACCCUAUGAUGAUGCCACUGCAGCCGCAGCCUGCGCAACAGCAGCUGCAGCAUCAACCUAUGCAGCAGCAGCAACACGAACAGAUGCAGCAACAGGCAACUCCUCAACAGCAGCAGCAGCAACCGUCCGUGCAGCAGCAGCAACCUGUGCAGCAGCAGCAACCACAACAGCAGCAGCUUAUGCAGCAGCAGCAGCGUAUGCAGCAGCAGCAACCACAACAGCAGCAACAACAACAGCCUAUGCAUCAUCAGCAACAGCAGCAUCAUAUGCACCAGCAGCAGCAAGCAAUCCAACCGCAACAACAACAGCAACUGCAACAGCAGCAGCUACAGCAGCAGCAGCUGCAGCAGCAGCUGCAGGCUAGCAAUGAUUUGUCCGUCUGCCCGGGGUGGACGGAAUUUGUUGAAGACGGCAAGAGGGAAGGCCUUGACGUCAACAAACUCAUGGCAACUCCUGAGCAAUUAAAAGAUCCGCGAAUUCGUCAACGAUUUGUUCGUCUUCUUGAUCGUCACGAAAAGGCCAAAGAGCUCUUCCGUCUAGCAGGCGCUAAGCUAUAA